CCCUAUAAAGAACCCCAAUACCAGUAAAUAGUUUCAGUCUCUACUCCCUUUCAAGCUCUCAAUCAUUUUCCUCUUAUUUCUAAGAUUUUCUCGAGAAAAUACCUGAGAAAAAAAAGAAGAAGAAGAAGCAAGGAGUAGAAGCUUCACUUCCCACCACAGUUCUGUUUGAUUCCAGAAAUUUAUUCCCUUUCCUUUUCCCGGCAAAAGGUUUGGUGCUCCUCCUCCUCACCCACAAUUUCCCUCUCUUUUUCUCAGCAACUUUCCUAGAAAACUUCACUUUUUCUUUCACUCUCUCUCUCUCUCUCUCUCUCUCUCUCUCUCAGACUCACGCAUGCCUGUGGAUUUUACACCUUCUCAGCUAAUCUCUCGAUCGGCGAAGAGAGUGUGUUUCAAUUUUUAUCUCUCUACUUUUUCUUCUCUCUCUCUGUCUCUCUGUCUCUCUCUCUCUUCAUUUUCUGCAACUUUCCUCAACAUUUCUCCUCCUCAAACACACUUUUCUCUCUCUAAAACCUCUCUUUAUUCUCUUCAAGUCAAAUCUUCAACGAAUCUUUUCUGUUUCUACAACCACUAUUUCACGCUCUUAUUCUCUGUGCCUUUCAAUGCGAAUCUGAGAAAUCUGUAGAGAUAUGGAUCGAAGCAUAGUGAAGUACAGUGAACACCGACGGCAAACCACGACGGUGAGGAGAAAGCUGCCGGAGAUGAAUGCCGCCGGACCGAGAGUCGUGAGAAUAUCUGUAACCGACGCCGAAGCAACCGACUCGUCGAGCGACGAAGAAGGAUUGUUCAGACGUCAGAGAGUGAAAAGGUUCUUCAACGAGAUCAUCAUCGAAUCGUCUUCGAGAGAGAACCUGAAUGUCAAUAAUAGACCAGCAACGAAGACGAAUCGCCGGAAAAAGUCCACCGGAAAAAUUCAAACUCCGGCGAAUCGAUCGGAGAAGAAGUUUCGCGGCGUGAGGCAACGGCCGUGGGGAAAAUGGGCGGCGGAGAUCAGAGAUCCGUCGAAACGUGUACGGCUGUGGUUAGGGACUUACGAGACAGCCGAAGAGGCAGCCAGGGUUUACGACCACGCGGCGAUUCAGUUGCGUGGACCUGACGCGCUCACCAACUUCGUCACUCCUCCGGCGAAAAUCGCUCGGGAAAUCACGCCGGUGUCAGUUUCCGAUUACAAUUCCGGCGAUGACAAGAACAAUCUUCCCUCUCCGACGUCUGUUUUACGAUUCCACUCUCCGACGAACGAAGAAGCUGAGUUGUCGCUGAGUGACUCAGUCAUUGCACACUCUCCUGCCAACGAAGAAGCUGAGUUGUCGCUGAGUGACUCAGUCAUUACAAAAUCUCAACAUUUCACAUGCGAUGACGUAUCCGGAUCAGAGAACUUUCACGAUAUCUCGGCGCUCGAUUCCAUGCUUCCUGAUUCACUGUUUGAUUUUCAAGAUCCGGUGCCCGAGUUGUUCGAAUGGUCGGGUUUACGAGACAAUGAGUUCGGGUUCGGGAUCGAUACAGUUCUUCCUGAUUCACUUUGCAAUUUUCAAGACCCGGAACGGUUAUUUGGAUCGGGUGAUGACUUCGGAUUCGGACUCGACCAAUCACCUAUGGAUGAUUAUUUUCAAAUCGACGAUUAUAUCCAAUUCCAAGACAUAGGUGGCGAUAUAUUGGGAUCAGAUUCUCCUGUUGCGAUAUGAUUCAGAGUAAACCACAAUUUUUCCAGAUAUUUUGAUCGGUUGGAAUUAAGUUAUCAGCUUUUGUUUUUAUUUUUAUUUUUAUUUUUAUUUUUGGUGGCUUGAGUUUUGUUUAUGUUUUUAUUUGUUAAUUUAUUAGUUUAGAAAAACGAACUCCGUCGUAUUAACGGUGACGGACGAGGAUUUGAGUACGUGCCUUUUGUUAAAGGGACGUGGUUUUUAGUCAUGGCUUUGGAAGAGACUUGAAUUGGGUGAGAGAAUGAAAUGUAAUGAAUGCAAAGGCAUACUAAUGCAAGUGUAUGAGUAAAUGAAUUUGGCACUCUCAAUUAAUGAUUUGUCGAGUUUUAAGGUCUCAA